UGCCAAAGCAAACAAAUCCGGCCCAGAAGAAAACAUGUCUACCCAGUUGAUGAAGAAGUCUGAAAUGGCUGCUUUUGCAGCAAAGGAAGGUGCAGAAGUGUACCAUGGCGAGGAGAUCUGCAAGCAGAAGGUACUGCAGUUUCUCCAAGAGGCGGGGCUUCCCAGAGGUUUAUUUCCUUUGGACAAUAUAGUGGAAUGUGGGUAUGUUAGGGACACAGGUUUUGUAUGGCUGAAACGUCCAAAGAAAAUUGAAUACCGGUUUAAGACUACAGGAUCCCUCACUUCUUAUGCUCCAGAGAUGAGUGGUUAUAUGGAAAAAGGAAAGAUGAAGAAGAUAAGUGGAGUGAAGGUGAAAGAACUUCUGGUGUGGUUCAGUUUAUGUGAGUUGAGCAUUGAGGAUCCAAACAGUGGGAUGAUUUACUGCAAGACUGGUGUGGGUGUGGGCAAAAAUGUGCCAAUCAGGGUGUGGGAGGAGGAGUAUGAUAAGUAUAUGUGUAAAUCGGAAGCAAAUUCCAAUGCCUGACCGUUGAUCUGUUUUUUAUAUUGUGUCUAGUGUAUUGGGGCGUCAUCUAUGGUCAAUAGUGUCAUCUAAGCAUACUAUGGGACCGGGUGCAUUCUAUAGGCCUCAUAGCCAGAACUCUGUACUGGUUAUGUUUUCAGCUAUUUUUAUGAUGAGAGAUUAUAGUUUUUAUGGUUAUGUUUCUACCAUGAAAGCAAAUUUAUUAUAUGUGGUGGUUAGAUGUUA